AUGGCAGAAGAAAUUGUUCCACUUGAACUGAAUUUAGUGCAUUAUAGUAACCCAGUUUUAGUAAAAGAACGAGAAGAAAAAUUACCUAAAAUUAAAUUAGAUGGGAGAGACGAAGACAAGAUCAAGGAAUGUGACGAAAUAUUGAAUUGUAUCUUGCCUCCAAAAGAAUGGGAAGAAAACGGAAAACGUUGGCGACAAAAAGUGUCAAAUCAACCGGCUACCAGAAUGGACGUAAUCAAACUGACGGAAAUGUUAGACAUGAAUUUACAACAUUUACAAGCACGAGAAACUGGUAUUUGUCCAAUUAGAAGAGCGUUGUAUUCACAAUGUUUUGAUGAAAUCAUUCGUCAGGUAACUAUUAAUUGUGCUGAACGAGGUUUAUUACUGCUAAAAGUUCGCGAUGAAUUAAACAUGACAAUGGAUGCAUAUAAAACGUUAUAUGAGAGUAGUAUAGCAUUUGGUAUAAGAAAAUCAUUAUUUGCUGAACACAAUAAGUUAGACAUGCAAGAUCGGUUAACUGAAUUAGAAGCAGAUAAACAAAAGUUAAAGGAUGAUUUAGCAACGGCAAUUGCAAAAUAUGAAAUGGCGCAAAGACAAGCAACGGAAAAACAGAUUGCUGAACAACAAAGACAUAAUGAAGCAAUACAUGUUUUAAAAAGAUCCAAUCAACAACUAAAAGCUCAAUUAGAAGGUAUUAUAGCCCCAAAAAAAUAA